UUCAGUGUGAGGGGUUCAUCGGUUCAAGUUGCAAAAGAUGAAGCUGGAGAGGACCAAUCUGGAGGCCUUGCAGAAGAAGCUGGAAGAGCUGGAGCUUGAUGAGCAGCAGCGGAAGCGCCUUGAAGCCUUUCUGACCCAGAAGCAGAAGGUGGGAGAACUGAAAGAUGAUGACUUUGAGAAGAUCAGCGAGCUGGGUGCAGGCAAUGGCGGUGUGGUAUUCAAGGUCUCCCACAAGCCGUCUGGCCUCGUCAUGGCCAGAAAGCUAAUUCACCUGGAGAUCAAACCUGCAAUCCGGAACCAGAUCAUCAGGGAGCUGCAGGUUCUGCAUGAAUGCAACUCCCCAUACAUCGUGGGCUUUUAUGGCGCAUUCUAUAGUGACGGGGAGAUCAGCAUCUGCAUGGAGCACAUGGAUGGGGGUUCUUUGGAUCAAGUCCUGAAGAAAGCCGGAAGAAUUCCUGAACAAAUUUUAGGAAAAGUUAGCAUUGCAGUAAUAAAAGGCCUGACAUAUCUGAGGGAGAAGCACAAGAUUAUGCACAGAGAUGUCAAGCCAUCCAACAUCCUAGUCAACUCCCGUGGGGAGAUCAAGCUCUGUGACUUUGGGGUCAGCGGGCAGCUCAUUGACUCCAUGGCCAACUCCUUCGUGGGCACAAGGUCCUACAUGUCGCCAGAAAGACUCCAGGGGACUCAUUACUCAGUGCAGUCGGACAUCUGGAGCAUGGGGCUCUCUCUGGUGGAAAUGGCAGUGGGGAGGUACCCUAUCCCUCCUCCAGAUGCCAAGGAGCUGGAGCUGAUGUUUGGGUGCCAGGUGGAGGGAGAUGCAGCUGAGACACCCCCCAGGCCCAGGACACCCGGGAGGCCCCUUAGCUCAUAUGGAAUGGACAGUCGACCUCCCAUGGCAAUUUUUGAGUUGUUGGAUUACAUAGUCAAUGAGCCGCCUCCAAAACUGCCCAGUGGAGUAUUCAGUCUGGAAUUUCAAGAUUUUGUGAAUAAAUGCUUAAUAAAAAACCCCGCAGAGAGAGCAGAUUUGAAGCAACUCAUGGUUCAUGCUUUUAUCAAGAGAUCUGAUGCUGAGGAAGUGGAUUUUGCAGGUUGGCUCUGCUCCACCAUAGGCCUUAACCAGCCCAGCACACCAACCCAUGCAGCUGGCGUCUAAUCCUUUGGGAAGCAGCAAAGAGCGAGUCCUCUGCCCAGUGGUGUGCCAUGUUGCUUUUGGGCCUCUCCCAUGCUUGUCUCUGUUCAGACGUGCAUUUGACUUAUGACAAAGGAUGAAGAACACAGCAUGUGCCAAAACUGUACUCGUCGUCAUUUUUAAUAUUACUGUCUUUAUUAUUACUAUUAUUUCCCUAAGUGGAUUGGCUUUGUGCUUGGGGCUGUCUGUGAGUAUGUUAAUCAAAACACAUGCCAAGCUGAAAUACAGUGACACUUUGGUGACCGUGGGUAGUCAUUCUUACUGACAUUUGCACUGCUGUUCCUGCUCCGCAACUGGCUGGCCGCCUGUAUCUCCAGGAUUCUUGACACUUGGUGGUCCUUCAUUUCUGCCAAGUGGACCUUCUCUCAGUGUGAGUGCGAGGGAGCCUCAUAAGUCCCUUCACAGGCAGUGCAUGUGAAGCAUGCUUUGCUGCUGUGAAAAUGAGUACCAGAGAGUGUACAUCAUGUUAUUUUAUUACCAUCUUUUGCUUUUGACGUAGAAUUCAGCAGUUUCCAUCAAAAUCUAGCCAGAGCCAUUCACUGCCAUGAUAGCUGGGGCUUCACCAGUCUGAUUUGUAGACUUCUGGUUGUAUUUCUAUAUUUAUUUUUAAAUAUAUUGUGUGGGGUAGUAAAUGGUAUAUGUAUCUUUAAGUUUAGAUUAGUGUUUCUAAAAUGGUGGAGUUACUCUGAAUGUCACAAAUGAAUCAAGGCAUUAAAAUAUGUCAGAUUUCUAUCUUCCCCCAAUCUAAGUACCAAUGCUAUUGUAAACAACGUGUAUAGUGCCUAAAAAAAAGUAUGAAAAUCCUUUUAAUCAUUUUAAUCCAGAUGUUUAACAAAUCUAGUCUCUUAUUCUAAUAAAUAUACUAUCAAGUUAAAGGAU